AUCUUGCGACUCUCUCUAUAGGCUCGCACCAAGAAACUUGAAAAUCGAAUUAAUUAUAGAUUUUAAACUCUACACUUGGGAAAUUAAAAAUCAUGUUAUGCAAGUUAUGAACAAAAUCAUUGACUAGUAGUCACUGCACAGCACAGCACAGAAUAUUCAAUGUACCAAUUUUUAUGGAAAUAUAUAUUCUCUAAGACAAGAACAUAAUAUCUUUCCUUUUCAAGUGCGAAACCGAAAGCAUAAAAUUCAAAGACAUUAAUUCUGGUAUAUACACAAUGAUGACCAGUGAAAGAUGAUAUAUAGAGAGAAUGGUGAAGAUGAUUAGGACUUUGCCCUGAAACAUCCUUCUCUCCGGUAUGAAAUGAAAACUCAAUUACUUUGUUUAUAUAUCUCUUAACAUCAUAUUGCUUAUAAUACUGCUUACAAAAUUUUGAUUUCCAAAUUGAGUGAGACCAUCGAGAUUAGGAAUCGACUCUCUGCUUUUGAAACAUAAUUUAUCUAUCACUCUUUAUGUAUAUAUGAUCCUUUUCGAUACACUACAACGACUGGGGUUGUUUUUUUUUUCUGUCUUGCAGUUGAAAUCUGUAAGAUCUGAGUGAAAAAAAGAAGACAGUCUUUGAAGAAUGGGAGAUGAGCCAAGGUUUAGUGAGAAAUGGGAGUUCAGAAGGCAAGAGAACAACUUUGAUGAUGAUUCUUCAAGCGAUGAUCCAGAUUCAUAUUCAACUCACGAACCGAAUAUUCAUAACACAAAUCCCGUUCUCGACUCUAAUCAGCUAGACAAUGGAACAAAAACAGUGACUACUACGACGGAGCAACCUGUGAAAACACGGAAGAGAAGGAGCAAGAAAGAUGAGAGUAAACCUGAGAAAGCUAAACAAGUAAGGAGAAGGAAACCUAAAACUGUUUGUGCAGAGGAGAACAAUAAGGAAACAGUAAUAGAGAACAAGAAAGAGGAAACCGUGGUGGAUGAAGUUGGAAUGUUUAUGAAGACGUUGCUUGAUGAUCUUACAGCUACGAGAGAGAGCUUAAUGGAUUGGAUGAACACUGAGUUGAAUGGACCAUUGGAUCAAAAUGUUGUGUCUCGACCACCUCCAAAGAAGAGAGCGGUUGCUUCUGCGAAGAAGAGGAGGACAAAGAAGAAGGGCGAAGAGGAGGAAAAUCAGAGGAAACAUGAGGAGAUUUGUCAAGAGAUGAACAAAACAAAAGAGAAGAGCUCAGAGGUUGUGCAGAACGGUGGAGAUCAAGCUCAACAACUUGAUUAUGAUGUUGGACCGUUGGAUAUUAUCCUCAGGAGCGGUCAUGAACAAGGACAACAAGGUAUUGUUGCGCAAACUGAGAUCGAGAAUGCGACAGCCAUGAAUGAGAAGAAGAGUGUUGUUUUGGCCAUUGAAGCUCCAAAGGUAAGACAGAGACAAAAGAAGACGAGAGAAGCCAACACCAUUAAAAACAGAUCCGAAACUAAGAAAGAUGACAACUUUGCGAUACCCUAUGUGCCACAGCUGUCUUCAUCGCCAUUGUUGCAGAGCUUUCCGGUAGGUUCUUCGUUGUUCCCUUCGUCAAGCCAAGGGGUUGCUUGUUCAGCAAGUAAUAACUACCAACCGAUGCAACCACCAAUAGUACCUCAGUUCUCUGAUCUUUUUGAAUUUCAGACAGGAUUCACAGGAGGACAAGGAUUUGGGAAUGCUCUGUUUCACAACAAUGGUUACUUCUCUGGUUUUCCGGCAGCUUCCCAAUCUAAUCUGAUGGCACAACUGAAUCAUACGACUUACUCACAGCAGAGAGACAACAGUAAUACGUUCGGAGGACUGCAAAUGAAUCCUACGACUUAUUCACAGCAGAGAGACAACAACAAUAUGUUUGGAGAACUGCAAAUGGUCGGUGGAGCCAUACAUCCAUAUUCCGGUAACAGAUUCGAGGUUAGUAACGGUAAUAACAGCCUCUCCAGUUACAGAACUAGCUCAGGUAGAUAAACAUCGGUUACAGAGAGAAGAGCAACAAUUAUUAUCUACCUGUAGAGAUGACCUCAGUGACUUUACUUUAUGUUUUAAGACGCAACAAAAAUGUAAACUGUUGUUCACAUGUCUUUGUUUUUUGGUAAAAUUGCAAACAGAAAAGGAUUUUUUGUUCUUCUUCAACUCUCCUUGUCCCUAACGAAUUAAGAGUUUCUGUUCCCUUUUCUCUUUUGGUUGGCAACAAAUCAUCGGUCUAAGCUUCUAUCUAUCAUAUACUCCCUCUGUUUUUUAAAGAUAGAUGUUUUAGAAAAAUAAAUUGUUUCAUAAAGAUGUAUUUUUUAUGUUUCCUAUACAAAAAUUGCAAAUUUCAAUAAAAUUGAUUGAAUUUAUUGAAAGACUAUUGGUUAAAAUGCAUUGGAAUUUGAUAAUUUCUAAAAAUGAUGUAUAGUUAAUGUGUUUUCUUAAUAUGUGUGAAAACACCAAAACAUACAUCUUUAAAAAACAGAAGGAAGUAUAUAAAAACUGUUGUACAAACCUUAUCAAUUAA